CGGCGGAGGGAAGAUGGCGGCCGCCCUGCCCGCCGCCCUGCUCCUGGGAUGCUGCGGCGCGGCGCUCGCCGGGGGCGCCCAGGAUCAAGCAGAACACUUCUUUAGAAGUGGACAUACAAAUAACUGGGCAGUUUUGGUGUGUACAUCUCGAUUCUGGUUUAAUUAUCGUCAUGUGGCAAAUACUCUUUCAGUAUACAGAAGUGUCAAGAGACUGGGCAUUCCUGAUAGUCACAUUGUCCUAAUGCUAGCAGAUGAUAUGGCAUGUAAUCCCAGAAAUCCCAAACCAGCCACUGUGUUUAGUCAUAAAAACAUGGAGCUAAAUGUCUAUGGAGAUGAUGUGGAAGUGGAUUACAGAAGCUAUGAGGUUACUGUGGAAAAUUUCUUGCGUGUAUUAACGGGAAGAAUCCCACCAAGCACACCACGAUCUAAACGUCUUCUUUCUGAUGACAGAAGCAAUAUUCUAAUAUAUAUGACAGGCCAUGGUGGAAAUGGUUUCCUAAAAUUUCAGGAUUCUGAAGAAAUCACAAAUGUAGAACUUGCUGAUGCCUUUGAACAAAUGUGGCAGAAAAAAAGGUACAAUGAAUUGUUGUUUAUUAUUGAUACUUGUCAAGGAGCAUCCAUGUAUGAACGAUUUUAUUCACCUAAUAUAAUGGCCUUGGCCAGCAGCCAAGUUGGAGAAGAUUCUUUAUCGCAUCAACCUGAUCUUGGGAUUGGCGUUCAUCUUAUGGACAGAUACACAUUCUAUGUGUUGGAGUUCUUGGAAGAAAUUCAUCCAGCCAGCCAGACAAAUAUGAAUGAUUUAUUUCAGGUCUGUCCAAAAAGUUUGUGUGUUUCCACACCUGGGCACCGAACCGACCUCUUUCAGCGAGACCCGCAGAGUGUUCUGAUAACAGACUUCUUUGGCAGUGUGAGGAAGGUGGAAAUUACAACGGAGACAAUUUCUUUGGACCGUGAUGUGGCUGGUUUUGAAAGCAAGGUUCCAAAGGAUGAGUUGGCAACGGAACCAUUAAAAUAUGCUGAACAACUUCCUGUAGCUCAGAUAAUACACCAGAAACCAAAGCAAAAGGACUGGCAUCCUCCUGGAGGAUUUAUUUUAGGACUUUGGGCAUUGAUCAUCAUGGUUUUCUUCAAAACAUAUGGAAUCAAGCACAUGAAACACGUCUUCUGAAUUCAAGCAAGGAAGAUGAUUGCAUUGACUGCUACUUUGGAUUCAUUGGUGUCACCGGAGUGCUCACGCUGUCUCUUAUGGCUGUAGUGACAAACAGUGCUGAGAUCUCACUUCUGAAGGUUCUUUUAAAGUCAUCUCUUCUCCCCCUUUUUCUGAAAAGAGUCUAAAAAAUUGCUUUAAUGUUACUUUUUUAAAAAAUAUUUUUUGCAUUGUCUUGUUUUAAACAAUCUUUAAUGCUCUUCUGGGGAAUUUUUCUUUCUUGUCUUUUAAAAAAGAGGGGAGGACCUAAACACAGUAUCAGAAUUUCUAAGGCUGAUUGUAAAGGGGCAAAUUCUUUUCCCCAUACUUCAAAGUAAAUCUUAGUAGUCAACUUAUCACUAAAGAACUAGAGGUGGUGCAGAAUGUAAUUUAAGAUGUCGUUUUAUCAAUACAAACUUAGGCCACUUUGCAGACUUUGGCAUGACAUAUUGAAAGCUUUCUUCACAAAAAUAAAAAUUGUCUAGAAUAUAUUGGAUUUUUUUUCUUAGUCUUUUUUUUUCCGUGUUAAAUACAACCCUUAGAUCAGUCCUUUCACCUUAGGCAGUUUUAAGUCUAGUAUUCUAUGAGCUGCUGAACGUGAAACAAAAAUACAUGAUGACCUCACUAAAUCUACUUAAAAAAAUGUGAAACUGUGACUUCACCAUGUUGAUUAGGAACACUUCACAGUUGGUGUAUUUUCACUCCCUACAAUAUGGAGUUGGAUGCUUUCAGGGUUGUUAAUGCACUGGAUUGACUCUGGAUCAGGAUGAAAACUGUUAUAAAUGGUACUGUUGUAUUCCAGUUUUUUAUUCUGUUUCUGAGCCUUUGGAAAAUGAGCUUUGUCACCUAGGCUUUGUCAGUUCUAGUUUGGCAUAUUGGUUUGCUCUUCUUGGACACUGACUGAUGAAUGUGUGCUAAAGAGGUUCUGUCUGUGUAAGAUACUGGUAUUAGUGAACAGAAGAGUAAAUUUGUGCAUGUAUAGAAACAAACCUGUGGGCAAGGAGAAGCUUUUGCAGUGUGCUUCUGGAACCUGUUCUCUAGCUGAAUCACAAUAAAGCUUACACGGUGUACAGGUGGUGUAAA